AUGUCUUCGACGGACUGUGAAAAACCCCCGGUCGAUGUGACCUUUGCGUCUGACAAGUUGGCCGAGCCUGAGCCCUAUAUUAUCCUUGAUCGUACGCAGAAGAGAUUGAUCACUUUUGUGGUUACAAUUGUUGCGUCCUCUUCCACGUUAGCGUCGAAUAUCUAUUUCCCCGCCAUCCCCACCAUCGCUGAAGAUCUCAAUGUCUCUGUCGAACUCGUUAAUCUUACUGUCACCGCGUACUUUAUUUUCCAAGGCCUGGCGCCUAGUCUUUGGGGGCCGAUCUCUGAUGCUAAGGGUCGUCGCACGGCGUAUGUCGGCACGUUGAUCGUGUUGCUGGGUGCACGUAUCGGCCUCGCACAGACAAAGGACUAUACCACGCUUAUUAUCUUGCGGUGUCUCCAAAGUACAGGUAGCGCUAGUACGAAUGCCAUCGGAUCAGGUGUGAUCGGGGAUAUCACCACGCGGGCUGACCGCGGGGGAUACAUGGGAUUUUUCCAGGGCGUCAUGUUAAUUUCGAUUGCCAUCGGUCCGAUCAUUGGAGGUGUUCUGGCGGGGUCCCUAGGCUGGAGGUCUAUUUUCUGGUUUCUGACCGUGUAUAACGGAGUUUUGCUCAUGAUGGUCAUAUUCUUGGUUCCUGAAACCUUGCGUUCAAUCAUUGGUAAUGGCAGUCGAACGCCAUCUCAACGGAUUGCGCAAUUUCCGUUAACCCUUUAUCAACGCUAUACCACGGUGAAAUGGGACGCAGACAAAGUCCCUCAGCAGGAUCCGGCACCGAAGCGCGUCGACGUCCUGGCACCGCUGCGCAUCUUAACCAGCAAAAUGGCCGCGGCUAUAAUCAUCUUCUUUGCAAUUUAUUUCACCGUCUGGCAAAUGUGCAUCACCGCCAUGUCGACUCUCUUCACGGCCCGAUACGGUAUCACGGAGAUCCAAACAGGACUGACUUUCAUUGCUAACGGCGCAGGGUCUAUGGUUGGUACGCUUAUCACAGGCAAAAUCAUGGACUGUGAUUACCGCCGUGUUCAUGAGAAAUUCGAAAAGGACGAACGCCUCGAGUCUGACGGACGCAUCUUCCCCCUGGAGAGAGCCUGGCUCGGCCCGGUCCCUGUCUACGCGAGCAUGCAAUGUCUAUCCAUACUUCUUUUUGGAUGGACGGUGCAAUACCCAGACCAAGUCCAUAUCGCAGUCCCCAUCGUCGCGACCUUUUUCACCGGGUAG